CUAUAUAAGCUCGCGCGUAAAAAUAAUCAAAGAAAAAUUAGUGAAAACACAACUUCUAUGUCAUUAACAUUCCAAGUGCAAAACAAAGUGAAAACGUUAACCUAAAAUAAAUUGUUUUUCCUGAAAUGGUGCGCGGCAUCGGUCGUGGUGGACGCGGUAUCCCCGGCCGGGGCGGGAUGGGGCGUCCACCCUUCAACAGACCCCGAGUCUUGAUGCUUCGUCCGCCCUUCGACCUUUUACUAGCAGAACCCGCUUUUCCUAGAUGCAAACCGGCACCCGACGACUCCGUGCUCACUCAGGCCCUUCUAAAGAGGCACACGGAGCUAUGUCCGUCACCUACCGAUCAAGCAGCUGUUUUGAGCCUCGUCACGAAACUGCAGACAGUAUUGGACAAUAUUGUUGUGGCUCCAGGAGAAUUUGCAGCCUGCCAGCAACUAGAAGAAGUGCGGCAAGUUGGGUCCUACAAGAAGGGGACAAUGAUGGCCGGGAAGAACGUUGCUGAUAUCGUAGUCAUCAUGAAAACUUUGCCAACGAAAGAGGCUGUCGAGGGACUCUCUAAUAAGGUUAACGAGGAGGUGAACAAGCUGAUGAAGGCUGAAGGCAGCGGUGCAGUGGUGAGCGCGUGUCACGAGCGCGGCUUCACUGUCACCGGGACCUCCGCAGCCGUCAGGGUCCUCAUCACAACACUGCAUCAGAACUUAAGGAAGAUAGAGCCUGAUGUACAUCUAGACUAUAAAGUGAUAAGCAGUCAUCUAGCAGCGAUAAGACACAGUCGCUGGUUUGAAGAGAACGCCCAUCAUUCAUCAAUUAAAGUAUUGAUCCGUCUUCUCCGGGACAUGUGCUCUCGGCACUCCGGACUCGAACCCCUGACGCCGUGGAUGAUAGAUCUGCUCGCGCACCACUGCAUCAUGAACAACCCUCAGCGUCAGGCCUUACCCAUCAACGUGGCAUUCCGCCGCGCGUUGUCCCUGAUGGCGGGCGGGUUGUUCCUCCCGGGCUGCGCGGGGCUGCCGGACCCGUGCGAGGCGGCGCACUCCCGUGCACACACUGCGCUCGACCUCGCCGCGCAGGACCUCGCCGCCGCCACCGCGCAGACGUUGCUGCGCGUGGUGGCGCGCGGGGGUCACCUGUACGUCCUGGGCUUGCAGCCGUUCGAGGGCGGCAAGGACAUAUCCCUGGAGAUCACGGUGUGGGACGGCGUGGUGGUCUCCCCGCUGGCGCCCGCCUACAAUGACUCCCCGGAGCCCAUGGACACGGACGACAAAGAUUCAGUGUAAGACGUGUUCGGGCGUCGACAUCGGCUCCACUUACCAUCAGAAGAAGAGUCACAAGACAGUGUCGCGGCUUAAGAUCUAACUUGAGAAAUUACUUAUAAGACUUUGAUAAAA